CACAUCAGAGUGCAUGUGUGUGUUUAAGGCAUGAGUAUAUGGGAAUGUUUGUGUGAAUCAACACACUGUUUCUUUAGAAAAUGUUAAUCUUUCUUAACUGUGUGUGACCAGGCCUAAUUCAUCACAGUUGUCAGAGUGAAUCGACUCGCAAUCUUCAAAAUGUUGAUGCGAUUUGGGCGCAAGGUCAAACAUUAUCUUUACAUUAUCUUUACAUUAUCUUCUGACCUUGGUCAGGAGUAUUUUUCAUACAGACUAAAUCACCUCAAAAUAAAGGACGUAGCCCAAGGUUGGGGUGAAUAACAAGGGGAGGGGGUUGUAUCUCUGUUGGGGUCUACUGCCCCAAAGCAAUACCGUGGGCCUUUUUGUCCUCUCUGGCUGAUGGAGUAAUGGAGGAGACCUACAAGCAUCCAUUUGCAGCUCGGUCUCUGGGGAGUUGUAAUGAUACAUCCUCAGGUUGUGAGUGGGAGUGAUAUAGUGUGAUAUAGAGUGAUAUAUGCCAACCCCCUCUCCCUCUCCUCUCCCCAUCUUCCACUGAGAGGGUGACCCUGCUGUGGAUAGAGAGGUCCCUGGAGGAGUGACAUGGGGCGGGGGGAUUAUACCCCCUCUGGUACACAGCUGAGACGAUAGGUUUCCCCCCUGCCCCCUCCAUCAUCAGCCCCUCCACACAGCCCUCCACCUGAAAGGCACUGUGAAAUAGGGCACUGUGACUUCUCUACAAGCUAAAUUACUGGCAGUAACAGGGGUUGAUGUGUUUGUGCCUUAGCCCACCACCAUUAGGCUUGGUAUAAGAUAUUGGUGUAUUUGCCUGGCUAGCUCUCUGUGAUGUAGCCAGGCAGACCAGGGUUAUACAGCAGUCCUCUAAGGCAUCACGGGCCCCUUCUCUCUGGCUGUGCAGUGAGGGACAGGAGGUUGAGGAUGAGAGAUGUCACUGUCACAUGGGGUUCCCAUCACUGCCUCUCCAUGCUGCAAGUCUGCCUGUCUGUAUGAGGAACAUUAUGACAUGUCUGUCGAAUUUGCUUUGUCACGUCACAUGCCAAAGCCGAGGACUGCGUUGCCAGGUCUAGGACACUUCUGCUUUGAUCCUUGUUAAAAUGAUUAUCACUAACGAACAUGCAUUAUAUCAUUACUAGAUCAUUCAUUUCUGUCCGUGAAAAGAAUGGGGCUUGUGCAUUUGCAUUAUCUUAGGUUGAAGAACUGUUGUCUGCUUCUCCUGUGUUGCUCUGAAUGAUUCCUCUUGCUGUUGUGCUCUAAAUGUCCACAGCCAUGUUGAUGGAUAGGGUGCGGAGAAAAUCAAUGGGACAUGGAGCAUGCAGGAAGGGGAUUUCACAUAUACAUAUAGAAUGGGGAGCAGGAGUGGUGGGUAAUACAGUUUGGUGUGGGGACACCCCCUUUCCCACCUGUCAUGAUGAUGUGUGGGGGCUGGCUCCACUCUCUAUCCAAGAUGGGCUGGAAUCUAGGCCUGCUCUCUCUCUGUUUCUCUCUCUUUCACUUGCUUUUCUCCGUCUCUCUCUCUUCCUCUUUCUGUUUCUUUUUCUCUCUCUCACAUUCUUCCUAUAGCCCUUUCUCACUCUUUCACACUCUUCCUGUCUAUCACUCUGUCUCUCAUAUGCAUUCCAAUUGUAUUCUGACAUCACUGAAUGUGCUGCCAUCUGAAUAUUUAAUGAGGUCCCCAGGUUUCCUGCAGGCGGGAGGAGAGGAACAGGGCUGGUACUGCUGUGGGUUUGGUGGCUGACUGGUGAGAGGCAGGAAAAGACUCCUCACUAUUAUGAUCUGUCGAAGAACAGGCUCACAGAGAUCCCUCCAGAGGUGUGUCUGUUCGCCCCCCUUGAGUCUCUCAACCUCUACCACAACUGCAUCAAAUGCAUCCCUGAAGCCAUCAUCAACUUGCAGAUGCUGACCUAUCUAAACAUAAGCCGAAACCUUCUCUCAACAUUGCCAAAAUACCUGUUCAACCUCCCUCUCAAAGUGCUGGUGGUGAGCAACAACAAGCUACUGUCUGUCCCAGAGGAGAUUGGGAAGGCCAAAGAACUGAUGGAACUGGACAUCAGCUGUAAUGAGAUCCAGGUGCUGCCCCCUCAGGUGGGGAGGCUCCGUUCAUUACGGGAACUCAACAUCAGGAGGAACUGUCUUCACAUGCUGCCUGAGGAGCUGGCUGACCUGCCACUCAUCAGAUUGGACUUCUCCUGCAAUAAAAUCACAGAGAUCCCUCCUGUCUACAGGAGACUCAGGCAGCUGCAGCACAUCAUCCUCGACAACAACCCUAUGCAGUCCCCACCUGCACAGAUCUGCCUGAAGGGCAAGGUGCACAUCUUUAAGUACCUGAACAUCCAGGCUUGUAGGAUGGAUAAGAAGCCUGACUCUCUGGACCUCCCUUCUCUGGGCAAACGCUGCCUUCCCCAGCCUCUCACAGACAGCAUGGAGGAUUUUUACCCCAGUAAGAACCAUGCUCCUGACUCUGGUAUCGGCAGUGACAACGGGGAUAAAAGACUGUCUGCGACAGAGCCCUCUGACGAUGAUACCAUCAGCCUGCACUCUCAGGUCUCAGAGACGGCCCGCACCGACGCCCUUUCUCUCUUCACCAAGAUGGACUCAGGCAAAGAUCAGGUACCCUUUGACUUCAUCGAGCCCAACGCAGAGGAAGAUGCUGCCCUGUCAGACGGGCAGCAGAGUGGACCCUACAUCUCAUGUAUAAAGGAAUUGGAGAAGGUUCUUAACAAGUCACACCAAAGCAAAGAUAAGGAGAACUGGAAAGAGGAGUCUGGCUCUGAAAAAGAUCAGCUAGUUGAGGAGGAUGAGGAUGAGCUGAAGGAAGUGCUGGACCUGAGGAAGAUCGCUGUCCAGCUCCUGCAGCAGGAGCAACAGAACAGACGACGGUCCUUAAUUUGUAGAGCAGAGAGUCUAAUUCAUCGAAGGAGGGUUGCCGGCCGAGCACACAGGUUCCUCAGUCACUCUGGCAGCUCCAGCAGCAAACAGAGGUCCCCCUGCCAGGCCAUCCGCAGUGCCUCUCUGGAUGAAGGGAGCAGUGGACCGUCAGUGCUGAGUGGGCAGGACCCUGACUUCACAGACGAUGACACAGCUUUCUCUGAGCCGUCCUCUUCCUGCUCUUUCGAUGGCAGUCUAAAGUCAGAGUCUGACACAGAGCCAAAAUGGCCAGAGGUUCCACCCGUACUCAACCAGAACGAGGAACGCAGGAGGAACAAGUAUCUGAGGAAAGAUUAUCUUAAGUACAAGUGCCAGAGUGCCCGAAGAAACUCCAGUGGGAAUGACGAGUGUGAGGAGGGGAUGCGGAAUGCUGAUUUCAGCAGUACCCUCACAGUGUUUGGUCUGAAGCCAAGAUCAGCAUUCUGUCGAAGCAGCCGUCAAGAGUUGUCAGACCCCAGUUUCACCAUGAGGAGGAAGAUGGAACACCUGAGAGAGGAGAUGGAGCAGAUUGGCGUCUUACGGCAGAACCUGGAGUCCAGACUAAAGGUCUUGCUGCCGGACGAUGUCGGAGCUGCUCUGAUGGAUGGCGUUGUCCUGUGCCAUCUGGCCAAUCACAUUCGUCCUCGGUCAGUGGCCAGCAUCCAUGUACCCUCCCCAGCAGUGCCAAAGCUUAGCAUGGCCAAGUGCCGCAGGAAUGUGGAGAACUUCCUGGAUGCCUGUAAGAAGCUGGGCGUGUCACAGGACAAGCUGUGUUUACCCCACCAUAUCCUAGAGGAGCGUGGGCUGGUGAAGGUGGGUGUGACCGUGCAGGCUCUACUGGAGCUGCCGGCCUCCAAGCCCACCCAGCUGUCUGCUGUCUAACAGCAGCCUGGACACUGCCUCAACCCCCCACCCAGCCCAGUCCAGCCUUCCACAACCCAGCCCUUCACCCCACAGAGGAGGGGGCUUCCAGCCUGCUCCGCUCAUCACCGGGGACCAGGGACCCCUUAGGGGGGCGAGGGCUGGGGGCUGCAGGGAGUCCAUUGCCAGCUGACUGAGCCAAGAGAGGGAGGGGUUAACUAAGAUCCUCCCACCCUUCCUAUAUGAUGUCAGCUGGGACCCGCCUCCCAUACAUUGGAUUGUUAGCUACUGUCAUGUCCUCCCCCAGGGGACCCUACUGUACUGUGUGUGUAGCGUACCAGUGUGGCUGUCUGUGUGACCUGUGUGACCUGCACAGUGUGGACUUUAUGAGAGCUGGUGAACCCAAAGCCAGAUCAGAGGUCAGACUAAGGAAUGAAUCACAGUGAAGAUGAAGACCUGUCUGUCCCCAUGGUGAUAUUGAUUGGCCCAUGCUCAGACACUUUUGAACCUAGUGGUGCGAACACUGAAUUCACUGGGUUUUCAACACUCAGUAUUGAAGACAUUGGUAGUGAAGUGAUAGCAGAUUUAAAGGCAUGUGCUCACUCUUUCACUCAGAGAACUGAACUGCAUGCUGGCCGAACCAGCCACACCACAUCACUCAAGUGGUCCUGACACCCUGACUUUUCUUUUUAGAACAAAUUAGUUUUCAAAGGGGAUAUAUUUGUAAAGAUCAUUGUGUUAUAUCACAAUAUACCUAUGAUAUCCCAGAGGUAAAGCUUGGGACAUCCUAAGUGGUGCUUUACCUCAGAGGAGCCAGCAGUAGCCAAGCACAGGUAUACACACUUCUUACAGUCUGCAUUUGAGAAUAAUUAUUGUACUACCAAUAACAGUGCCAUUCGAGGGAAGAAUGCUAAGCUUACUUUUAAAAGCAUGGUAUCCAUGAUUCCGAUUUUCUACUGCAGCACAUCUGUGGUGAAGGGAGGCUGCUCUGAGGUACUUGAGAUGUGGUAUUAGUAGCUCACCCCUGUACGGUAUACGAGAGAGCCAUCCCACUGCCAUCCCACUGCUUUGAUCAUACCACAUGUGCUUAUUUGAAUAGGACUUGUUGAAAGCACAUGGUUAUUUAGUUUGGAUAUUGUACCAUAUACACUUAUAAUGCUGAGAUUGUAUCUUGGUAAUUUGAUGUAGUGAAACAGUUCUCUUUUAAUGUUGACAUAUUUAUUCUUUACAUUUAUAACUCGCUCCUCUAGUUGGAUUCACAACUGCAAAACGUAAAGUAAGGAACACAACAGAAAUAAUGAGGAAAUCCCAUAGAUCAUCGUUCAUCACUCCAGUCCUCCAGUUCACAGUACAUAUUUUUGUUGUAACCCUGGACCAACACACUUGAUUCAAUUUGUCAACUAAUCAGCAAGCCCUCAAUGAGUUGAAUCAGGUGAUUAGUCUGGGACUACAACAAAAAGAUAUACUGUUGAGGGUACUUGAGGACUGGAGUUGGGAAACACUGCCAUAGAUGAAUCCGGACCACUGAACUCAUUUAAUCAGGAAAAUGAUUUAUCUAUUUAUGUUUUCUAUUUAUAUGCUUUGUUUGUUUGUUUUUCACCCCUGACGACCCCUUAAGUUAUGUGACAGGAGUUUGCAGCUCCAAACUGGUGAUAUUUUCCUGCUUUAAGCUUUCGUGUUUGUUCUUGGCCACAGUUGACAUGUUCAUUGUCUCAAAAAGUCUGAUUCAAUUAACCUCACAUUGCAGGAAAUCUGAACAAUUGUUCCAGAUGCAGUUUCACUUAAAGGAGUUUCAUUUUGUUUCUGUCAGUAAAAGUAGACUUAGUUUUGCACAUACUUCAAAUAUGCUUUUGUGUGGUACAGGAACAAUGGUAUUUUUGUGUGGUACAGGAACAAUGGUAUUUUUGUCUGCAAUGUCUGUUUGAUUGAAUCAGUGUUGCUCACUGAUAAAUAUUUAUACUGAACAAAAAUAUUAACACAACAUGCAACAAUUAGUUACAGUUCAUAUAAGGAAAUCAGUCAAUUUAAAUAAAUUCAUUAGGCCCUAAUCUAUGAUGCAUCUGUUGGUCACCUUAAAAAGAAAAACCUUAAAAAGAAAAAAAGUAGCAGUGUGGAUCAAAAAACCAGUUCGUAUCUGGUGUGACCACCAUUUGCCUAAUGCAGCGUGACACAUCUCCUUCACAUAAAGUUGACCAGACUGUCUAUUGUGGCCUGUGGAAUGUUGUCCCAUUUGCUGGAUAUUGGCGGGAACUGGAACACACUGUUGUAAAUGUCGAUCCAGUGCAUCUCAAAUAUGCUCAAUGGGUGACAUGUCUGGUGAGUGUGAAGGCCAUGGAAGAACUGGGACAUUUUCAGCUUCCAGGAAUUGUGUACAGAUCCUUGUGACAUGGGGACAUUUAUUAUCAUGCUGAAACAUGAGGUGAUAGUGGCAUAUGAAUGGCACGACUAUGGGCUCUUGUCGCGGUAUCUCUAUGCAUUCAAAUGUGACCCACCACCUGGAUUCAGUCCUAUGUAGCAAAAUUUGAAAUUAUGUUUUUGAGAUAGAAGUAGAGACUCCGAGCUAGGAAAUGGUAUAUCAUACACUGCUGUUGAGGAACAGUGAGAAAAUGAUUCUGCUUUGAAAGUUGAUAAACUUGUAACCCCAUUUUUGAGGAAAUGGUCUGUGAAUAUUUUUGGUACACCUACUGUAGGGGUCUUCUUUGACUACAACCAUUUACCAUCAUUAACACCCUCCUAAGCCUUAGCCCCACCCAUCUCUAUAAGGAUUCACUGUGUAGUAAACAACCAAAGAUUUCAAGACUAAAAGUGGUGAGUGUAGUAGCAAAAAGUAAUAGUAGAAAUAAACUAUCUAGUCCUUGGCCUAUAUCCUAAUCUGACUUUGGUGCAGGUCAUGUUGUUCUUCACAUUACCGUCUCUGGUAAACCCACACAAUAUCAAAUAAAGCCUACGUUUAUUUGUCACAUGCACAGGAUACAGAAGGUGUAAACGGUUAGAGCGAAAUGGUUACAUCCAUCGUGGAGUCUUUGGUUUAGACAUGUAGCUAGCUAGCUAAACAAUAAACCAUAAUCCAAAUUAUAUUGCCGCGUUCAAAACAACUGGGAACUAAAAAAAACUCAGACGGGGAAAAAUCCAGUUGAAUGGUCAUCCAACUCGGAAUUCCAACUCUUGAACUCGGGCCUCUUUCUAGAGCUCCUGCACAGAUCAUACACGUAAUGUUAGCUAGCGAGCCAGCUAACAUUAGCUAGCGAGCCAGCUAACAGUAUGCUUUAAUUUGCAUUGAAACUGACUUUCUGACAAAAUUAGAAAUGUAUAAUAUCUGAAAAUGUAGCUAGACAUAUACCCGUAUACGUGGAUGAACCCUUCUGCCUUUGUCAUAGAUGCUAUGGUUGCGCUUAGUUUGAAGAUGUAAUCUGGAGGGAGGUGUUUUAUACAACAGCCUUCUUUCUGUGUUCUCUUUUUGGACUCCCUACCAUUUGGCAAUCAUCUCUUUGAUUCCACCGGGCAUUCCACUGAUUUCAAAACUCGGACAACUUCUUCCGUCACAAUUACACCCUUUCUUCCCCACCUUUGUCAUCAGAAGACUACACUGUCUGGUUCAAUGAAAAUGUUUUUACCGAAAUCAGGGAUUUCCUCAGUGUCUGAUUCAUUUUCAGAGUCAGAGUCAGCAUGGCACGAUCAUCCUCCAGAAAGUAGUCUAUCACAACAUUUUCCCACUGAGCUUUGUUGAUAGCGCUAUUAACUUCAGGGCAGCAAUGCUAAGAGCAGUAGCAAAACCUUUUCGGUUCAUGAUAUCUUUCAAAAAAAGCAGCGGUAGACAGGAUUAUCCACACAUACUUAUAGACAGAAGCAUGCUACAUGGCAGAACAAUUCAAACUCAUCUCUCGGCAUGUCCAGCCCAUCCAUUAUCUCAGCCAAUCAUGGCUAAAGGGAAAGUUCCUGUAUUUUUCUGUGGCUAAACCAACUAGGCUCGUUAUUUAAAAAAAAAAAUGUAUUUACAGAUUGCAUACAAGUGGGUUAUUAAGGCAAAUGAAUGCUCCAGAAGGCAUUUCUGACAACAAAAAAAAACUUUUUUGAUUUUUUUUGUAAAUCCCUCACGUGAAGUAGUGAUGUGUGACAAGACAUAGUUUCUUGAAACGGGCCACAAAUUGUCAUCAAUAAAAUGCAAUUGUCCGUAUCUUAUGCCUGCCCAUAGCCUAACCCAUCCGCCACCAUGGGGCACUCUGUUCACAAUGUCAGCAAACCGCUUGCCCACACGACGCCAUACACAUGGUCUGCG